ACAUCAGGUGACCCAGAAAACCCAAAGAUUUCCAGAGAGAAGGAUCUAAAGCUGUAUUCAACAUUGAGCACUAUUAACAAGUCUAGCCAACCACUUCCUCCCAAGUCUUGAAAGAAAUGGUUGGCUGGCUCCUCUGGCUGAUGGCAUGUUGAGGUACAUGGGCCAGUGGCAGCGAAGGCAUCUGACCCAGGGGGGGCCACUCUAGAAGUCAGGCCAUCACCACCAUGGGCCAGUGUGUCACCAAGUGCAAGAAUCCCUCAUCGACUCUGGGCAGCAAAAACGGAGACCGGGACUCUGGCAGCAAGUCACACAGUAGGCGAGGGGCAGGCCACCGUGAGGAACAGGUGCCACCCUGUGCCAAGCCAGGUGGAGAUAUUCUUGUCAAUGGGACCAAGAAAGCAGAGGCUGCCACUGAGGCCUGCCAGCUGCCGACAUCCUCGGGAGACUCUGGGAGGGAGUCCAAGUCCAAUGCUGAGGAGUCCUCCUUGCAGAGGUUGGAGGAACUGUUCAGGCGCUAUAAGGACGAGCGGGAGGAUGCAAUUUUGGAGGAAGGCAUGGAGCGCUUUUGCAAUGAUCUGUGUGUCGACCCCACGGAAUUUCGAGUGCUGCUCUUGGCUUGGAAGUUCCAGGCUGCUACCAUGUGCAAAUUCACCAGGAAGGAGUUUUUCGAUGGCUGCAAAGCAAUAAGUGCAGACAGCAUUGACGGGAUCUGUGCACGGUUCCCUAGCCUCUUGACUGAAGCUAAACAAGAGGAUAAAUUCAAGGAUCUCUACCGGUUUACAUUUCAGUUUGGCCUGGACUCUGAAGAAGGGCAACGGUCACUGCAUCGAGAAAUAGCCAUUGCCCUGUGGAAACUAGUCUUCACCCAGAACAAUCCUCCCGUGUUGGACCAGUGGCUAAACUUCUUAACAGAGAACCCCUCGGGGAUCAAGGGCAUCUCCCGGGACACUUGGAACAUGUUCCUUAACUUCACUCAGGUGAUUGGUCCUGACCUCAGCAACUACAGUGAAGAUGAGGCCUGGCCAAGUCUCUUUGAUACCUUUGUGGAGUGGGAAAUGGAACGAAGGAAAAGAGAAGGGGAAGGGAGAGGUGCACUCAGCUCAGGGCCCGAGGGCUUGUGUCCCGAGGAGCAAACUUAGUGGCUCUGUCCCGGAGCAGCAGCAAGGAUCUGCCCGCUGCUCUGCAGCCAAGCAAGGAAUUGGACCUUUGUGGAAAUUACUGAAGAUCCGGAUAUUUUCUACUUCACACCUUUCUCUGCCUUGUAUCUGAAAGGGCUCUAAAAUGCUGUAUCAUGUUUUAGGCACUUUCUUCAUUUUUUGGUUAUUUUGGUUAUUUCUUUUGGGGGUAACCUCUAAAAUAUUGGAACCUGGCUACAUGUGCUGUUCCUUUUCUUUUCUUUUCUUUUCUUUUUUUUUUGCCUUCAGCUAGAAUAAGCCUGCCAUUUCUUGCACAAAGUUAGAUUAUUUUUAUUUUGUUUUGUUUUUGUUUGAUUUUGGUAGGGAAGAAUGUAGAGCCGGGUGGGGAUAGUGGGACUGUUAGGUUGACUUAACAUUACAAAAUGAUACAGUGCCAGAUCUCAGUUUUGCAUAUUGUUUUUCAGGGCAGGUCUGUACUGUGUGUAGUGCUGUUUACAUGGUUGAAUUUAGGUUGUAAUAAUUAUUUUUAAAGAUUUACACAGAUUUGAGUAGCAGUGUUAACUCUUAACCACGUUGCAUUAAUUCCCAGACAAUUUGGAGCUCUUGGAGAGCCAACGCCAGUCAAGAGCAUUUGUGGUCUGGUGACAACCCCCUUAAGCUAAUUUAUCCAAAACCCUAUUUCCCUCACUUCUUGCUCAUUCCUUCUUUGAUCUAUUGCAUUUCAUGUUGGGUUUAUCCAUCAGCGUGCUGCACCUGUCAGUCAAGUGAGCAGUUGUUUUUGUAGAACACGUUGUACUGAGAACCACUUAAGCAUUGAAUGCAGAGAAAGCAGUGCUACCUCAGUUUUGCUGGAAGUAGACUUCUUUGAUAUUUUUCUUUCUUUGAUGAAGUUUCUGUAUUUUCAUGUUUUAAGUGGAAAUAUUUUUUUCUUUCAUUUGCCUUGGAGCCAAAGUUUCUGUUCCUAGUGGUCGGAAAACUCUGCCUGCCGGCCAGCUAACUUGAAAGAAAACUGUGGUAUGGAGCUCUGCUUGAAUUUUUUUUUUUCCUUUGAGUAUCAUCAGCUUACUUGUCUGGCAAGUGCAGAAGUCUGGACUCUGCCAAACAAAUAUCGAAGUGUAUUUAAUAGUUAAAUGUGUGCCCUUUCCCUUCUUGCUGCACCCAUGUUAUCACUUAACCCCUAGGAGUUAUUUAUUAUCUUUUUGUUAAUGUCAGGCUCAUUUGGGGUAAUGUGAUGACUGUUUAGGUUUACAUGACCCUCCUUGUCCUUUCCCUACCCCCAGAUAUGUAUAU